AUGUGGACAGAUGUAGUUAAAAAGAGGGCCCCGCAAAAAGGGAAAAGGCGCCGAAAUGACAUCUACGUAAACAGGAAGACGGACUUUGCAGCACAACUUGAGCGAUGCCAGAAGUCACUCGAUUCAAGGUUUGUUUCAUUUUUAAGGGUAGGUUAGAGCUCUAGGGGGAAGGGUUACGCUUGGGGUCCUUGACAUAAAUGUGGGUAUGAGCGGGUAUCGCUGCCGCUGAUCUGAAACCCUGACCAUUAAUGAAAAACGAAACUAAAAUUCCCUACCCUGUAAAUUAGAAGGACGACGAUUAAAACUCUGUUUCACAAUCCGUUAAGAGAAAAGGAAAAAAAUUACGCCCAGAAUUGUUUUUUAUUUUUUCCGAAAUAUCAGAAAACUGCCAAGAUAUCAUGUCCUGUUCAAAAGGGCAUGAGCCUGUAUAGGACCCGCCCCACCCCAAUCCAAUUCAGGGGAUAAUAGGGAGCUUAAGCAAAGACGUUUUUGAGCAAUGCAGUUCAACCGGAAGUGCACUUUUUGCAUUCUUUGGCAUUGUUUUUGCCCAGAUUUUCAGGCAAAUUGCCCCUAUAAGUUGAAAAAAAAAAAACAAUUCAAAUUGAUAGCACCAAGUUAUAUUAAGACAGAAGACGUGUCACUUCCAGUUGACGUGCGUCACCCAAAAACAUCUUUUCUUAAACUCCAUUUUGAAAACCUGCAAAUAAUUAUUAUUGCGAUAAUUAUUAUGUCGUUGUUGCAGCUUUACUUUAAAUGAGAAAUUUAAUUAAACCAGUUUUACUUUUAAAAAACAUUCCUGCUUGCUACAAAAUCAGAUCAAAUUCCAAGCUUUGAAGAGGCUGGCAGCAGCCCAGGGGGAACUCUGGAUUUCAAGUGAUAGGGAUGAUCAAAUGGGGCAAAAAUCAAAACCCAAAAAUCCCUACAGCUUCCAACAAAACUCGAAAAAAUCUCUGGACCAGCAAUUAACCCCCCAAAGAACCCAUGCCAAAAUAAGAGAAAAGAGAUAGAGAGCCACCUUAAUGCUACAUAGUGUUUUUUGUGACCAUCAUCAGGGAAGUAAGAACAAAAUUUGUUCUCACUUUCUCAAUAUGGUACUUAAUGAUAUUUUUUUUCAUUUUUAAUAGUGAGCAAGAGGUUACAAUACAUGGCUUGGGUGCUGCUAUUAACCGCGCAAUUAAUCUGGCACUGCAGCUGGAACACAGAGGUCAAGGAACUGUUGAGGUAUUUUUAGCAAUAUUAUUGGAUGAGGCUGAGUAUGAUCUGAAGAAUUAUGGACAUCAAGGAGGGUGUUAUCAGCCAAGGCCAAUAACACCCUCCAAGGCAAGUUCAGGAGAUAAAGGGAUGUUAAGUUCUGCAGAAUAUUCUCCAAAUAGCAGAUGUUGUCUGUUGAGUUGUAAUUCUUGCUGUUCUUGCUAUGUAUUUAGGCAGUAGUUUAGCUAUGUCUUCUUCGCGAAACAUGUGAAAUAUUCUGCCACAGUUUUGUACUGCACAACCAAAACAAUGCAAGCUCAUCCCCAGGGAUUCUCAUUUGCUGUCCAUUUUUCUAGCAUUUAUCCUGUACUAUUGACCUCAUUUUCCACAUAUCGCAAACAUCUUCCAAAGUUGCAGGCCAGCGCUAGCUGGUUAUGGAGAAUUGGCUGUGGAAUGUCAGCCAAUCAGAAAUGGAGCAAUAUUUUGCAUGAAUAAUAAUGUAUGUUAAUGUACCCCUGAAUGUGGGUGGUGUUUGUAAAACUAAUAUACUUGCCAAGUGUCAUGCCUAAGGCGUGAUUGUCACGCCUGCGGAUCGAAAACUUGGAUCUCACGCCUACUCACACCUGUGUUCCGAUUUGUCAGUUGACGCCUGGUGGAAAAGUUUGAGCCAUUACAGCAUUAACUGACACAUUUUGAAAAAUAUAUUAGUUAUUUAAAGAAACCAGAACCAAAGAGAGAAAAGAAAAGUCUAUGUGGAUGAUUGACUUUCUCCGCAUUCUCUUUUUUUAGUAGGGAAGUCAAUGUUCCUUUGUGUUCCCAUGUUCUUGUUAGACGGAACUCUUCGUAACAUCUUCAGAAGUCUUCGGAACAUCUUUGGAACGUCUUCGGACAUCUUUGGAUAUAAUCGGACCCUACAAAAAAUCUUGGCACUCUUAAGAUAAAAAAUGUAGCGCCUAAAAAUGUAAAAAAGUUGGCAGGUAUAAACUGAAAUAUUUACAUUGUGCAUGUUAAGGAACAGUAGUGGAGUGGUUGACUGUGCAUUAUCUGGUUGUCAUCAAGAUGCAAAAGAUACUAAAAAUAUAUUAAGUAUUCUAACAUUACACCUCCUACUUUGCAGGUAUCAGCAACAACUUCCAGCGUCAAACUGAUUGAUGACUUUGAGCCAGAAGAUGAUGUAAGGAUUUCUUUUAACUCCAACGGGUUUUUAAUAAUUCCACUUCUUCUUGAAAGUACAUAACACAAUAUUACCUCUCACUAAGAAAUUUCAAAAUUUAACAAAGAUCCCAUAGGUUCAUUAAUACUUCUGCCAUACAGAAAUUUAGUAACUCAUGUUUCUGUUGGCUAAUAUUUCCAUCAGUACUUAGUACAAAAUAGGCUAGAAAAUUUACUGACAAGCUCUUUGAACCAUUGAAGUCAACUUUUUAUUUAUCAGUAAGCACAAUGUGUAUCCAGAUAAAGCAAAAUGUAAACAGCGACAUCAACAAAGAUUUGCCAAAAUGCAGACACCUUUGCCUUUUUGCAAAUCUUACCUAGUACUGAUCCCACCAAAGUUUUUCAUACAAAGAACUGACUGGACCUUUCAUUAUUUUCUUCUGUUUUGCAGGACCGGGAAGGUUACUCCAAAGUACGAACAAACUCAGCCAUUCACAUAAAAGUGUAUAAAAAACAACUGUCACAAGUUGCCAUUGAAGGAAUCUCUAAAGAAGUCACUUGA